CCGUGUCCUACCGUCCCACCGUCCCGCCAUUGACCGCUUUCAGACACUACACUUUUAAUUCAAACACAAACAAUUCCUUGACGAGGCGACAAUCUCGAUCAAGAUCUCAAUCCUCGCUUUUAGACCCACGAAAUUCCUUAAACUUUUGUAGGUAAUUUUGGUAACAAUCUGACUCGACUGGAUCGUGUUACGAUUCAGAGACGGACAAUGGAGGACCAGCUCGUCCAGGUCCUGGCCAACACCCAGUUGCCCGCCGAGGGUCCACGAAAGCAGGCAGAAAUUGACCUCAAGCACGCUGCUAGUAACCCAGCUUACCCUCUUUCCCUCGCUAACAUUGCCCGACAUUCUUCUAUCUCUACCGAUGUACGACAAUCUGCCUUAUCCGCCCUGCGACUUUUCAUCGAGAGAAACUGGAGCGGCGAGGGCGAUGAUUUCCCCGUAAUUCCUAUCGCGGAUUCUGUAAAGGAACAGAUCCGACCUAUGCUUCUGGACCUGGCCUUGAACUCUGAUGACAAGAAGAUCAAGACUGCUGCUAGCUAUGCUGUGGGCAAAAUUGCCAAUGUUGACUUUCCCGACCAAUGGACUACACUUCUACCCACCCUCCUCGAAAUUAUCCCCAAUGGCACCGAUAGCCAGCUCCACGGAGCCUUGAUCGUCCUCCGCGACCUAGUCGACGAGAGUUUGAGCGAUGAUCAAUUCUUCUCCAUGGCUCAAGACAUCGUGAAGGUCGUCUACGAUGUUGCUAUCAACGAGGGCCGAAAGCCCGCUCUGCGCGCGCUCGCUGUCUCUGUUUUCCGAGGUUGCUUCGAUCUCAUGGAUACUGUCAAGGAGGAACACCUCAAGGAAGUUCAGAGUUUUGCCGACGAAGCCAUGAAGGGUUGGUUCCCCUUCUUCCAUCAGAGUAUGAAGUUGCAGCUUCCUGGCCUGGAUUCCGAGGUAUCGGAGCAGCCAGAAUCCUGGAAUGGCAUAAUUGCGCUCAAGCUGCAAGUAGUCAAGUGUCUCCUGAAGUUGAAGGUGGUCUUCCCGGGCCUCUUAUUACCUGAGUCACCUCAAUUCUUCCAAGUGGUCUGGGAGGAGCUGAGACUCCUCGCGCCUUCUCAUGAGAAGAUGUACAUCUUGAAUGAUUCUCAGGGUAGACUCGAGGACUCUGAUGGAAUCCCCUACACCCUGGAUUUCCUCAUUUUGGAGGAAUUGGAUUUCUUGAAUGGAUGCAUACGAGCGCCGCCGGUACGCAAGGAGCUUGAGGCUCAGUUGGCCGCUCACCCUUCGACGGGUGAAACGCCUUGGGUGAUCGAUUUGAUGAUGAUAAUUUCGUCUUAUGCUCGCAUCACUCGCGAGGAGCAAGAUUUGUGGGACAUCGACGUGUCACUCUAUCUUGCAGAGGAAGCAUCCGUCAGCGCGAAUUACACUCCUAGAACUGCAUGUGGAGAUAUCAUAAUCAAGCUUGGUGAAUGGCUUAACGUCCAGAUCCUGGGAGGUCUUUAUGGGUUUACCAAGGGGGUAUUUGCCGAUGAAGGAGCAUGGAGAAGACAGGAAGCCUGUCUCUUCUUGCUUAACCAGGUUUCGAACGACUUUCUUGAUUGCAACAAGGAAGUACCUAUUGAAGUCACUCAAGCUUAUCUGGAGUUGAUCAACUAUGCCGUCAACCGACCCGACGAACCACUGUUGCGAGCACGCGGUUAUCUUGUUGCUGGCAUACUUGCCCAAUUUAACGAUGCCGCUGCGACCCUUACGGACAGGACGAUGGAUGCUAUUUCGGGAGAAGAAUCCGAGCUUGUACAGGUUGCGUGCAUAAAGGCAAUCGAAGGAUUUCUCCGCAAUGGAAACGCUGCUGGAAACCAGCAGAUCCAGACCAAGGUGGUGAAUGCCAUUCAGCAAUGGAUGUCAACCAGAGAUAUGGCUGAUCUCGAGGAAGCGGAUGAUUUGUUGAUCACACUUACCGAAACUCUUAGAUCCGCGAUCAACAUCGACCAACGCGUCGCCGUGGUCAAUGACUUUCCCGCUUUGGAUUUACUCUUUCUCAUAGCAAAGCAUGGUUCCACUAACUGGCAGGUUACUAUGCUGAUAUGCGAAGAGUUUGAAGACAUUGUUAAGUCUCUUCCUGAUCCGGUAUCAUACCAAGCUCUGUGCCAGAAGGUUCUUCCUUCAUUGACUGGCGCAUUCAACGUUGCCGAUAUCACUUCGGACAACCCACUGGUUACGUUUGCCACCGAGUUGAUGGCCUCUUUGACUCAAUAUGCCUCAGAGCCUCUCCCCCCUGGCUUCGUGGCGGCAACGUUGCCUAAGCUAAGCCGUUUACUCAUGGAGAGCAACGAAGGGGAUAUUCUCCGCCCUGGUGCUGAAUCAGUCAAGUAUCUGUUGGCGCAUGAUCACGAGCAAGUGCUCAACUACCACGACGAGAACAACAGAACUGGUCUAGAAGUUUGUCUUCACAUUAUUGACCGUCUACUUGGCCCUUCUAUUGAGGACAAUGCUGCCUCUGAAGUCGGUGGCCUUGCUGCCGAAUUAGUUGAAAAGGCAGGACACGAACGCCUUGGCCCGUUCUUACCACAACUCUUGCAGGCUGUCGCCAAUCGAUUGGCUACUGCUGAAGCCGCCCCGUUCAUCCAAUCUCUGAUUCUAGUCUUUGCACGACUCUCUUUGGUUGGUGCUCCUGAUGUUGUUGAGUUCCUCAGCACGAUUCAGAUUAAUGGCGAGAGUGGCUUGCAAGUUGUCCUAAGCAAGUGGCUCGAAAACUCGGUCAACUUUGCUGGGUACGAUGAGAUUAGACAAAAUGUAAUCGCACUUUCGAAGCUAUACAGCUUGAAUGACGCUCGCGUAAUCCAGACAUUGGUGCGAGGUGAUCUUAUUAUGCCGACAAGCGACAGAAUAGUGACGCGCUCUCGGUCUAAGCAAACUCCGGACCAAUACACCAUUGUUGCAGCCCCUCUCAAGAUCCUUAAGGUCCUUAUUGAGGAACUUCUUUCGGCUUCAGGAGUAGGUGGCGCUGCCAACGCAGCAGCUGCGGCCGCUGCCGAGUUCGCUGACGACAAUGACGAUGAUGGAUGGGAGGACGACCCAGAUACCAUUGAUCUCAACCUUGGUAGCGUUAAGAAUGACCUGAUGGGAUUCUUGGAAGCUAGUAACAUGCGUACCCGGGAUGACGAGACCCAAGCUUAUCUAACGGAGUUCUUCCUCCUGGCGGCACGCGAAAACAUUGCUGGCUUCCAAGAGUGGUUCAACCAGCUGUCUGAGAACGAGAAAUCGAAACUACAGGAGAUAUCCACGACGCAAUAAUUGCCCGAUUUUACAGCUAGGCAAUCGCAAGAUACGUGGAUCAUAGGGCGAGAAACGUGGGAGGUAUUGCGAGUGAUUUGAGCAACUACGUGGUGGAUAGCUAAGAUACGCUCACCUCGACGGAUGGAGCUCACCAGAGUUCCAUUUCAGGAGUUGCGAGGAGUUAAUGCCUUGUUAAUGGCGAAUAUCAGUUGGGCAGAGGGUGGGAGGUUAUCUGCGAUUUGAAUCCAGUAACCAAGCAUCAAACCAUGCCACACCAGUCUAUUGGAUUGGUCAGUGUAGAUAUUUGGGGUUGAACGGCCACGUUUGAGAUGCCUUGAGUAAAAUAAACAAGAAAUCCAUGUCUUUU